CCAGAUUGAUGAAGAACAGAAAGCACCUGAUUCCCUGGAGGUAGAAGUUCUACCAUCUCAAUCUACUUUAAAAGGGAAAAUGAAAGAGGAUGUGAAUGAAAUUGGUGCAGCUCCAGCACCUGUGCAAAGCAUAAUCUUCUCUCCUCUUGAGCCUGAACAUUCCAGGCCCUCAGAUGAUCCAAUUCCCCCAAGUCAAGAAAACAUCAAGAAGAAAGAGACAUCCCCACCCCUCUUGGGGAUGUCCUCUUAUCAAUCUCCAUAUACAGGAGGGAGGACAUUUGAUUAUACCAAGAAAUAUGCUGAUGAACCUCUGGGUGAGGAGUUGAAGGAUAAUUCCCGUGUCUUCCAGGUUUAUCUGGAUGAGGCAGAGAACUUCGAUGAUGAUAUGAUGAGAGGAUUCAGAGAAACAAUUGAUUCCUUGCUAGUAUUUGCAGCACUUUUCUCUGGUGUUGUGACAUCCUUUGUCAUUGCAACCAUAUCUGCCCUUCAACCAGAUUAUUCUCAAAUAACUGCAGUCCUGCUAGUGGAGCAGGUUCAAAUCCUCAGAGCUGCAGGAAAUACUACUGCCAUCAAUGCCAUUCCUAAAUCCUCUGUGGAUUUACAGAAUGCCUCAGUGGCUACUGAUGAUCUUUGGAUCAAUGGCCUAUUCCUUGCUAGCUUGUCAUUAGCCCUGGUCACUGCACUCUUGUCAGUCCUUGUCAAGCAGUGGCUUCAAGCAUAUAGCUCCAUAUUAGCUGGAAGUGCCCAGCAAAAAGCCUUGAUCCGUCAAUUCAGAUAUAAUGGACUUGUAAAAUGGAAGGUCCCAGAAAUUGUGGGAAUCCUUCCACUUAUCCUGCAUACAUCACUGGCUCUAUUUCUGAUAGGAUUGUCAUUGUACAUCUCAGAGCUCCACAGCUCUCUGUCCUGGAUAGUUGUCACUGUGACAAGUCUUGCAUUUGCAUUCUAUUUGGGAAGUCUCCUUAUGCCUCAAGUAUGGCUAGAGUGUCCUUACAGGAUACCAUUGCUUUUUGUGCCAGCAGGAUAUAUAAUCUACCUCUCU